CCAAUCCCUCCAUGAUUCCUCCCAUCCCAUUUGAAUUUGAAAACUGUGAAAACAAAAACAAGAAAGAAAACCUUGUUCCAUUUGCCAGCGCGCCUCUCUGCAAUUUCAAAACAGAACCACCUCAGAGACUUCGAAUUUUAAAACCCUAACCCUAACCUCAAAACUUCAAACUCCACCUACUCAACACCACUCCCACAGCAACACCCACAUAUAUUCGCAACCCACCUCGGUGUUUUCUUGUUUUAUGAACCUCAAAGUUGUAAUCUUUUUGUCCCAACUCCAAAUCUGACAGUCUCAGAGAUUGAUUCGAUAUCUUUUCGAAAAAAGUAAUGGGGGAUUCAGGCCGGUCGGUUUCGGACCCGAGAUCUGAAUCGAAGUCAAUGGAGGGGGAUAAGAGGAGUGCUGCUGAUUUUGGGGAACAAUCGGAACUUCGACCUAAGAGAGUCAAAAUGAAAGAUCUUGAGUCUGUCUUUCGUUCUGAAGGCACGGGUACACCAGCUUGUGCUUACCAAUUGACCUCAGGGAAGCAUGACAUGGAGCAAGAAGCUAAUUUUGUGAAACCAAAGGGUUUUGGCUGGGAUCUUAAUGCAGAAGAUGUUUCUACCUCACCUCACGAAAACCCAUUUCAUCCUUACAAAAAUCUUGAGCAUCAUAAAUCAAUCGAUGCUUCAGAGUGUGGAAGCAGUACCGGCCCACUGGAGGAGAAAGAUCCAAUGCGCGUAUGGAAAGAGAUGAAGCAAAAUGGUUUCCUCUCAUCUUCUCAUGGAGGUAUACCAAACCCAAAGCCACGCGGGAGGAAAAGCAAAUUUGAUGGGCCCAAGAAAAAGAUGGAGAUUGCCAAAAGAGAACAAGUUGACAGGUUUGCGAAGAUUGCAGCUCCAAGUGGACUGUUAAAUGAGCUGAACCCGGGGAUUAUAAACCAUGUGAGAAACAGUAAACAGGUUCUUUCGAUAAUAGAAGCCCUAGUGAGGUCUGAAAAACUUGAAAAUCGCAAACAAGCUAUCCCAAUGAAGAGUGAAAGAAACGACUUCGAAAACACAAAUAUGGUUCAAAUUAAUCAUACCGGUCCUUCGUAUGAAGAUGGGUCACAUAGGACUUUUGGUGGAUCAAGCCAGCAGAAAAGAGGCUUCCCUACGUUGAUGGGUGGAUCAUUCUACAGUAAGGAUGAUAUACUUGCUCUGAAGUUGUCUUCAUCUACAACUACAGCCUCGGAGAACAUUAGCUCUUUGUCUAAUGAGGACUCGGAAAAUAUAUCCAGUGUUUCUUCUCUUUCUGUUAAAGCUGCUAAUGUAGCUUCUCAAUGGUUGGAACUUCUCUAUCAAGACACUAAAGGGCGUCUUGCCGCAUUGCAACGGAGUAAGAAGAGAGUUCGAGCUGUGAUUCACACAGACCUGCCUCUCCUGAUAUCACAAGAAUUCUCCAGUAACCAAGAGAACGAGCCAUGUGCUGUGGUGGCUGGUAGAUGCUCUGACAAUGCAAAUGCUGAAUUGCACAGAGCUAGGUGGAGUGCUCUAUUUGAUCAGAUGGAUAAAUCCCUUGCUGAUGAAGAGAAACAACUGGAAAGUUGGUUGAACCAAGUAAAAGACAUGAAGCGCCACUGUGAAUGGGGCUUGCAACAUUUCCAUUGUCAUGGUUCGCAACGGCUGGAAACCUUAGAAAAUGACUCCAGGCUAGAGGAAGCGGAUAAGUUGGAGAGGGAAUUAGCGGUUAGGGCCGCUGCAGCUUCUAUCUAUUCAACAUGCAAUAUUCUAACAUCAGCGGAAAAUCUCCCGUGUUUCUGAUAGUUUGCCUUCAACCUCACCACCUAUUGGACAGUUUCUAAUUAUGAUUGUCACUCUUGAUUCCUGACUUGCUAAUCUCCCUGUUCGUUUAGCAAAUUAGAGAUUCUGUAUUAGGAGAAGGCUUUGUGUAUCUGUUGAGCUUGUUGUCAUGUAACAUUAGGGGAGGAUAUCAGUUGUAGUUCCAAGUUUAAUUGAUAGUCUUUCUCCUGAUUGGAGAAAAACUGAUUGUUGUUAGUAAUUCAACAUUUGAAUCAAUGCAUUGUUGUUUAUUCUGAAUC